AUGGGCUUCACUGAACAGUUCGACGUGCUUCUCCUCACACGCAAGCGCGGCCGUGUCGUCCGACUCUUCCUCGCUGCGCUUCUCGCUCUUCUCGUCCUGGAUGUCGUGGGCACGCUGUUGCUACGGCUGGCGCCGUCCAUCAUCAUCAGGAGCAAGUCGCCGCCAGCCUGGUCGUGGGCUCAGCUUGGUGACUUUCGUGACGAUACACUCGAUCUCUUCCUCCUGCUCAUCCUCCGUACGCUGCUGGUCGCCACUCUCGGCGUUGCCGCCGUUCGGUGCGGCACGCCAAACUUGACGGCGGCGCCAGCCGAGGUCGAUGGCUUGGCGCCCCUGUUGCUGAACGGAAGCGGCGGCGGCAGCGUCUGCGAGGUGGUGCCACCCGAGAGCGGCGGCAACGGCGCUGCGCAGCCGACCCACGCGGUCAAGGCGGAGCACCUCCGCUCGCACGCGCUCAAAGAGGCGGCGGAGGUGCGGAAGGGCCUUUUGGUGGCGGCCAUCUUCGGCGUCUCGACGGCGGCGCAGGUGUACGUCGGAGUCAAGUGCAUCUCCUUCCGCGGGGAGUGGGAGAGGGACGCGCACGUGCUCACUGCGCAAGGCGUGCUCUUUGGCGUGGCGGUGCUGCUGAUCAACGUCGAGUCGUGGCUGCUCAAGCGGCUCGCGGGCGGCAAGCGCGUCUCCUCGCUCCGCGACUGGACGAUCGAGAUCUCGGAGGUUGCCUUCCGCUACCAGAUGCGGCCCGGCAACCCCGUGCUCGAGGGCGUCUCUUUCUCCGUCCCGGCCGGCUCGGUCUGCGCGCUGGUCGGCCGGAGCGGCGGCGGCAAGUCGACUCUUGUGCACCUGCUGCUUCGUUACUACGACCCGCUCUCUGGCGCCAUCCGCCUCGGCGGCGCCGACUAUCGCGACCUCGACCUGCCGUCGCUGCAUGCGGCCACCGGCGUCGUCUCGCAGGACUCGCAGCUCUUCGACUCACUCGCUUGCCAGCGGCAGCGGCUCGCCAUCGCCCGCUGCCUGCUGCGCAAGCCUCGGCUCCUCUUGCUCGACGAGGCCACUUCGGCGCUCGACGCCGAGUCGGAGUCGCUCGUCCAGCGCGCGCUCGACGACCUGAUCUGGGGAAACGCCGACGGCGGAAAGACGGUCGUCCUCGUCGCGCACCGCCUCUCGACCGUCGUUAACGCCGCGCAGAUCGUCGUGCUCGACCGCGGCGCCGUGGCCGAGGUCGGGCCGCACGCAGCCCUCCUCGAGAGAGACGGCAUCUACGCCUCCCUCGUCGCGAAGCAGCUCCACGCGCAGGCGGCCGUCAUCGACGGGUAG